CACAUAAAAAGUGAAAUUUUGUGCCGUGAUCAAAGCAGUUACGAGAUGCAUUUCCAGGCGACAGUUGGAUUUGGUUUCGGGCUAUGUCUGCUCUUCAGUGUUGUAUGGAGCAGGCCGCAGAAUUCGAACCCUUUUGAGCAAUUGAGUCUGGGCGCCAUGAAUAUUGCUGGCAAUAUAGCGGAAGCCUUUCAAUCCGGAGCAGCCAUCAAUCGGAGUAUGAAUUUCGACAAUCCCUUAAUGUCGGUGCAUUCGAAAACUGUUGUGGGCUUUGGCGAUGCCAUGCGUUCACCCAGCGAUGACGAUGACUCCUCAGAGGAGCGUCGUCGUCGCCGUCGCCGGCGGAGACAUCUCAACUUGCAUCGAGUGAAACGUGAACCGUGCUUUUGGAAAAUGACGGCAACCACCACCCAAUCUUCCGCCGAUGAUGACGAUGUCGAUGCCCGAAGACGACGGGCCUUGAAACGUGCCGCCAACAAUGCCUCCCGUUCGAGGGUCAAUUCAAAGACCAAGAAGAAGCUCCAUCGUCGUCGACGACAGGCCACACCCGAGGCUGGUGGACAACAAUCAAUUGGCUUGGGUGAUCGCAUUAAAGGCAUGUGGCUCUCAUUUGUCGACAAUGUCGUCGAUGUGGUGCAACAAGUGCGCCAAAAGAUCAGCUCCACCGCGGGGCAGACGACGGCACUAGCUGCCCCACCUCAAAUGCCAGCCAAUUGAACUAACAUAGACCUCAAAUAGCAAUCAAAUGGAUGAACCACAUAUGUUUAAGUAAUUUCUAUUAUGUUUUUGUUCUUUGUAAUUUGAUAUUUGAUAUCAUAUUUGAAAAAGAAAAACAAAAAUAUGUUUUGUGGUCAUUCAAUAGAACAAAUAAAUACAAGCAGGUCAAAUACAA